CACCGACAACCUCCAAUUAGCAGGACGCUCAGCUGCUACGUACGGUGGAGCGAAAGAAAAUUCAACGUACCAUGUCCAUCUCGGCACUGCCGCUGCUGCUGCUGCUUGGGGUGGUGGGAGCCCAGCAGGAGAAGACCGUCUGCGCGGGCAUCAACGGUAUCCCCGGUCAGCCCGGAGCCCCGGGGCAGCACGGCGCCCCUGGGGCCCCCGGGAGGGACGGCAGAGACGGCGCUACCGGAGCACCUGGAGCCAAGGGAGACCUCGGGGCUCGAGGCUUGACUGGGGACCCAGGUCUGCCGGGAAAGCUGGGCCCUCUUGGCCAACCGGGGCUCGCGGGGAUUCCGGGAGUCCCAGGUGAGCAGGGCAAAAGAGGCGAGAAAGGCGAGCGGGGAGAGAGCGGCGUGGGGCCCAGGUCGGCCUUCUCUGCGAAGGUCGGCGCCUACACGCCGGCGGCCGGCUCCCCCGUGACGUUCAACGUCAUCAUCACCAACCCGCAGGGCCACUACAACCCCGGCACGGGGAAGUUCACCUGCGCCCAUCCAGGCGUCUACUAUUUCACGCUGUACACGCACCCCGGUGAAAAGCACCUCGUGAUUAUGAUAAUGAAAAACGGGAACGUCAUCUCUAAGGUGUGCGGUGAGAAAUACAACGCAAUAAGUGGCAGCGUCGUGCUGAGUCUCAAAGCUGGGGACGAGGUGUGGCUGGAGAUGGAGGCUCCGUACAUUCAUUUUCACUUCGGCGUGCAUAGAGACUCGGUGUUCAGCGGCUAUUUCCUGUACCCCGAUUGAAUCAAUUUUUUUCAUCGGCGUAUGUGGGAAAACAGAUCAAGAACACAUUCACAUGCACACGCAUGCACCCUCCCCUCCAGUUUAAACAAAGCUUUUGGGCAACAUCUCAGAAAAAUGCUCAACAAAAAUCUGCAAAUAUUCCCAAAGCUGUGGUAAUGACAACUAAUUUUGGGAUGUGAGAUGUUCUCACCAGAGGAAAAAUAGGCCCGGCACUUUUUCUCAGCCACCUCUCUCCUUGCCAGCCAGGGUGUCUGGGCGAUUAUGAAUCGGUUAGACAAUGCAGAGAGACAUAGCCGCUUGCACCAACUGAGAAAGUCCUGAAACCCCACCAAUUUUCCCAUCCGGCAUCAGCAGUGAAGGGAGAAAUAUUCCAAUUCCAGCUGAUAGCUUUGAGGGUUGCUCAUUGCUAACCUGGGAGAGAGAAGAGUUCGGAUCCAUUUUCUGCAAUUCCCUCAAUAUUUUUAAUCGGACACCAACACAAAUUUUUAAAUGUGCUUUGAUGGCAACAGAAAGAAGGACAAUAACUCGAUUUGGAAUACUGAGAAUCUUAACAAGAUUUGGAAUGUAGUAACUGUGCCUUGGUUCGUUAUGCACAAGAACGUGAACCAACUGUGGUGGAUAAUAAUUCAUUAACAAUCAAGUACAACCAACUCUUCAAACUCUCAGCGACAGUAAUAGCACGCGUCUAUACAACCCUGCAGUUCACCGACUUAACACAGAAUAGACAAAACUCCACUCCACUCGCUCACUCACUCACAAUGAACUCACACGCGCUGAUGAUGACCACGAUGGUGAAACAUACAAAAACUAGAUUCCCCGACUAAAGAGGAGCUGCCCGAAGUUAUCAACAGAAGGUGUGUACCGGAUUAAUUGCACUCGUAGUUAAAUGCUUUGUUGGACAGACGGUACAAAACAUUUGUUUGAGAUUGAAAAAAACUUUCGUGACUGCAGCAAUUCAUAUUCUUUGGGUCUUUCAGUAAAGUACGUUAGAUAGGUUGAAAAAACAUUACAAACAUUACUAUGUUUUUUUAUAUGAGACUAAAAUAACACUGAAGAAAUAUUAAGUACUUGCAAACACAACUGUUGGCAUGUGCAGAACAAGCAUGCCAACAAGGGCAUUAAAUUGAUUUUGAUAACGUUGCUUUGGUUGUGUAACACUAAUUAUCAUUUGGCCAAGACUAAUUCGAGAAGGCAUUGAAUUUGAGAGAAAUAAAAAUAACUUUAACCGUUCUGACUGAUUCAGGCUUAGCACUGCUUGGAAGCUUAUUAUUAAGUAAUACACCGUACAAUUGUAUGCCUUGUAAAGGCAUCACAAUACUGAUUAACUGUGAUUAAGCCAUCUGUUCAAGAUUAACAUAAUCCAUUGUUACAGGAUUACAAUAAUCACCCUCUGCUCUCUGAUUGGCUCACAGUGAUGACGCCACGUUUCUCUAUUUAAGACCGGAAGUAAGGUAGAUAUCUCUUCACAUUCUGUCAGUCGCCCGAUGAUGAUGAUGAUGGUUGGCGUAAGGUGUUAGCGAAACGUCAUGGUAAUAAAAAAUUGUUAAUGUUGCAAUAGAUUUUCUCAAGCAACACACAACCGGUUAGUGCUGAA